AAACCCAAAAGUGCAGAAAAUACUACUUCCAAACUUGGACGAAACCGCCAGUUUGGAUUGUAGUGAUAGUGACGCAGUUGGCACCACGAUAACCAUGCCAACCUCAAACCUCAUCACUGUCGCAGUCACAGUCUCAGUCACAGCUGCUACAAACCCUACAAAGAUAGAGAGAGAGAGAUAGAGAGAGGCUUUUGGGUUCUCAAGGUCGGAGAUAGAGGAGAAAGAUGGCUGGGACUACUCCACUCACCGAACAACUCAACAACUUCGUCCGCUCCUUGCGAGAGCAGGGAAUACUGGACUAUCACUUUGAUGAAAUGAAAGAGUUAGAAAGCCAAACUCCUUGCUUAGUUAUAGAAGCGUUAACCAUGUUCCUUCGUGAUGCUGAUGCAGCCAUAGCAGAUCUCUUCAGACUUCUGGGCGCACCUCUUAUCAACUACCCUAAGGUGACAGAAAUUGCCUACCAGCUCAAGGGAAGUAGUGCAAGUAUUGGUGGUUGCCGGAUGGCUGACGCCUGUUGUGUGCUUCGAAAUGCCAGUGUAGCAUUCAAUAAAGACGGGUGCUUCACAGGCUUUGACAUGGUCAGACGUGAAUAUCUUCAACUGCAGGAGAAUCUGAAUCACAUUCUUCAGAUGGAACAUGCAAUUAAGGCUAUUGAGCCCAGAAGGCGCAGUCAAUAGAGAACUCGUUUGUUGGGUCUCCAAUCUGUUCUACAGUAGAUCAGAUGUUUUCUUUGUAUCAACUGUAGGACAAGUUUACUAUAACUUAACGUAGUGUUUUUAGACUGAUUAAUGACUUUUUUCAUAACUUGUUGUAGUAUUUGACUUGUGAAAAUGUUUCUAUGUCAGAGAAUCUGAUAUCUAUUUGAGACUGAUUUUGUCUA